AUGGCGAGCGGAGAUCGUAAGCGCACGCGCCCUCCGUUGACCGGAAAGAAAUGUCCUUCGCGCUUCGUGCCUGCGCCGCCGCGCAAACAGCCCGGCUUGCCUUGGAUGCCCCGCGCAGGCUACAGCAACGAACUAGACAAGGAUAGCGAACUGCUCAGAGCAGCGAAGAACUAUUACCCAGAAGGCGAAAGCCAAGGUGGUUGCAGUGAGUUUCCGCCGCUGAUGCUGCGAAAAUCUUGGACCAGAGGCGUCCCGUACCGGGAUAGCUACGAUCAUGCGAAACCGGUUGAUUCUAUUGGUAAUUGUUAUACCAGUGCCUCAAAAACAAUGAGAACAAUAAAUAUGCCGCCAAAACGAAGGCCACCGCCUCAGCUGUAUGGGCCAAUAGGUCCCAAUGGUGAACUGCAGUUUCCCCCCCUAAAACCGUGGGCCGAAAGAGAGAAGGAACGAUUGGAAGCCUUACAGAAAGAAAAAGACAAAAAUAAACUUCAGAAGGGAUUAGUUUAUUUGGAAGACCUGGUAUCCGGGGCAUACGACAGGCGAAAGGCUGCAGAAGCAGAAGCAAAGAGGAGAAGAAUAGAAAAGAGAAGGAAGGAAAAAGAGGCUGCGGAGUUAGCUGCGCAGGAGGCUUUAAAAAAACAUCUGGCUAAGUUAUCGCUCGCCGAUCCUCGAGAUCCGGACGACCAGAAAUUAGAGCUUAUAAGAGUAACCGAAGAGGAACAUUACAGAUAUAUACAUCCAAAGGAUCUUGAGAGGAUUCAAUACUAUUUGACGACGUCCCUAGUGGGAGAUUUCAUCCCGGAAUUUCCAGAACACCUUUACAAACGAGCGAAACUGCGCGUUGACAAACAGACCGCGGCAAUUAAGAAGCGGUUACUUAUUCUCACUUACCAGGCUUGUGUGAGGCAGAGCGCUGCUGAUAUCAAAGAGUUUUUCGUCAUGGCUAUGAAAAGGUGUCUUCUGAGCUACAUACUGGAGGACCCCGCCGAGAGGAAGCGUCUCCAAAUUGCUUUCUUGCCAACGCUUUGGCCGGCGUUAACGGUGAGGGCGCCAGUGCCGUGGCACACCAGCGCCGUGAGGGCCAAGCAAGCCAUGUCUUAUCGCUACUACGAGGGGAACCCGAUAUUGAUAGAGCUAAAGCGUAUAUGGCAUGAAAAAUAUCAAACUAUGUACAUCUGCGACAUGAACAAGAUGCAAGAAGAAGUUCCCUUCCCACAGUACCCCUCUGACUUCACCGAACGACUGAACAAACUCUGCGCUGAGACUCGUGCGGAGUUGGUGGACAACUGGCUCAUAGACGUCGCCGAUACAAUGGUUAAGAUGCGCAAGCACUGGUCGGUCUACGUCGCCAAAAAAAAGAAGGCUUCCACUUUCCAAGUAGAGGAAUUUUUCAAAUGCAUACACGGACUCAUGUCGAAGCAAGUGAGAGAUCUAGUCGAACGAAGCGUGUUUCAUUUUGCGGAAUACUUCUCCUAUUAUUGGGAAGGUAACGACUACGGUAAAGAAUACCACGAUUACACUUUCAUCAAGAACCCACUCCUGCGCAUCAAGGUGGUAGGUCAAGCUGGAUCCACGCACCUGAACUUUGAACCCACUCUAGAGCAGAUGCGCGUGCUCAUCGUCAAAUGGAUCCACAGUAUCAUCAACGUGAAUAUUCAACUGCCAAGUGUGGAUAACAUUAUGUAUCCGGGAAGCGGCCGGCCCCAACCCUACCUAAUGGCGGUGUACCCGGACGAGCUGUACAUGACCGAAGUGGUGAACAAGUGCACCCGGUACUUCGCGAUCAACCGGCCCGGGCCAAUGAGCUUCCUCAACCGAUACGUAGAGUACAACUACCUGCUGGACGGAACCGCUCAUGAGGACCUGCUCCGUUUCUUCGCUUUGGAACCGCCACCAUAUUUGAAGGACUUCUCCGCGCGCAUCAGGACGUAUGAGAUCCUUCGGGAUGAGAUUCUGUUUCUCCGUCGCGACGUACCCUUGAACAUGGUGAUGUUGGACUGCGGACCGAUCAACGACGUCAUUUGGGACGUAGUCAACGGCCUGAGGCAGUAUAUUGUGGACCAUUUUAUUGCGGUCAAUCGGAAAUGGAACAGAGCGAUUUGCAAUGUGUACGAGGAAAUGGCCGCGCGAGCAUCCGAGAGCCCAGAAACCACGGCCCAGCUUGUUGAGCUGUUGGCCUAUAUCCUGGAGUGCAGGGACUGUUCGCUCUUCGAGUUGCGGGAGAAGUCGCGCACCACAGCCGAGCACGUGCUCUUCCUCAUGGAGCACGCCCAUCUGCAUUUUGAAGAUAUUAACCUCAACACGAGAGUAUUCCUGUGGCCGCUAGACAUGGAAGAUUCGAUAGACCUGACGCUUAAGACUCUAAACACCAAAAAGCUAAUGGCAGAAGAUAAGCUUCGAAGCCGUAAAGCGAUUUUUGAGGAGAAGUUGAAGAAGCACGAAAAGGACUUGGAGCUGUUCAGGAGAUUUGAUCCUCCCUUGCUGAAUUUAGAUUUGUUGAGAGAAGUUGUCGGUAAAGUGGACGAGAUUUAUAAUAAUUUGAUGGGCGAUAAAUAUGAGGCCGAAGACAUAAUAAAUGAGGAGACUCUUCUAGACCAGGAGGUGUCCGUUUACUUCAGCCUGCAGGUUAUGCUGAACAGUGUGGAUCCCUUCCAUAAGUUGUGGCACACAGCAUUUGACUUUUACGACGGCUAUGAGAAGUGGUACCACGGCCCGUUUCUUGGUUUGGACGCCGAACAAAUCUCCGAAGAUGUGGAAGCGUGGUGGAAGUUGCUCUACAAACUUGGCAAACAACUCUUCGAGUACCCAGGUGCUAAGCGCAUUGCGGACAUGGUGCGAAAUAAGGUUGAGAAGUUCAAAGUGUUGCUGCCCGUGCUGUGUGCUAUUUGUAAUAAGGGUAUGCGCGACCGUCACUGGGCCAAGAUCAGCGACCUGGUUGGUGUUGAAGUAAUCCACGGACCCGAAGCGACCCUCGCUGACAUGGUGGAGCAAGGAGUGCACGUAUUCGGUUCCCAGCUUGAAGAGAUCGAGCAGUACGCCUCGAAGGAGUACUCUCUAGAAAAGGCCCUACUAAAGAUGAAGGAAGAAUGGGUCGGUGUUAAGUUUGAAGUUGUGCCGUACAGGGAUACCGGCACAUUUAUUCUUACCGGACUGGAUGAUGUUCAGCAGCAGUUGGACGAUCAUAUCUUAAAGUCUCAGACGAUGCGCGGCUCACCGUAUGUUAAGGCUUUCGAGACGGAUAUGAUCGCUUGGGAGGAGAAGCUUAUCAGCAUGCAGGACAUAUUGGAUCAGUGGUUACAGUGUCAAGCGACGUGGAUGUAUCUCGAACCAAUCUUCUCUUCUGAAGACAUAAUGCGGCAAAUGCCUACCGAGGCACGUAACUUCCGCGACGUGGACAAAGAAUGGCGCACCAUUAUGGCUGCCACCCAGAAGGAACCCAUGGUCUUGCAGGCUACGGACUUUCCAGCUCUUCUCAAAAAAUUGCGUUACAGCAAUGCGUUACUUGAUGAUAUUCAGAGGGGACUUAACGACUAUUUGGAGAAGAAGAGACUAUUCUUCCCCAGAUUCUUCUUCUUGUCUAACGACGAGCUCUUGGAGAUACUAUCAGAGACUAAAGACCCGAUGAGGGUACAGCCACAUCUCAAAAAGUGCUUCGAGGGCAUUUACACUCUGGAAUUCAACGCGGCUGGUGAGAUUACCGGCAUGGCCUCCGCUGAGGGCGAGGUCGUCGGUUUAUCCACUAGCAUACAGCCCGCAGAUGCUAAGGGCAUGGUGGAACGUUGGCUACAGCAACUGGAGCAACAAAUGAUAGUGAGCCUCCGCGACGUGUCGUCAGAGGCGAUAACGGCAUACGCGACUACGGAGCGAACGGAGUGGGUACUGUGCUGGCCGGGACAAAUUGUGCAGGCUGGAUCCUGCGUCCAGUACACCACCGAGGCUAUAGAAGCUAUUAAGAAUGCGAGCCUCCCCGAACUGAUAGCCCACAGCACGGAGCAGAUCACUGGCUUAGUGUACUUAGUUCAGGGAGAGCUGGACCCGGGAAACAGGAUUACGGUGGAGGCGCUCAUUGUAUUGGAUGUUCACGGUCGGUCAAUCUUAGAGGAGAUGGAACAGCAUGGCGUGAUGGAAAUAACAGACUUCAACUGGAUCUCCCAACUGCGAUACUAUUGGCGCGGAGACCGCAUCAUGUGUUCUAUGAUCACCACUGACGUGGAGUACGGGUUCGAAUACCUGGGCAAUACAGGUCGACUAGUAGCGACCCCACUUACGGAUAGAUGUUACAGGACACUCAUGAGCGCAUUAAAGCUGAAUCUAGGCGGAGCCCCGGAAGGUCCAGCCGGCACCGGGAAGACGGAGACCACAAAAGAUUUGGCCAAAGCCGUCGCAAAGAAGUGCGUGGUGUUUAACUGUUCCGACGGUCUGGACUAUAAAGCGCUAGGCAAAUUCUUUAAGGGUUUGGCUCAAUCUGGUGCUUGGGCCUGUUUCGACGAGUUCAACCGUAUCGAGUUGGAAGUACUAUCGGUGGUGGCUCAGCAGAUUCUCUCCAUCCAACUGGCUAUCUUGCGUCGUGAUAAACGAUUCAUAUUUGAAGGCACGGAAAUUAGUCUCAAUCCGACAUGUUCUGUAUUCAUUACAAUGAACCCUGGAUACGCCGGUCGUACUGAGUUGCCGGAUAAUUUGAAGGUGCUGUUCCGAACCGUGGCCAUGAUGGUACCGGAUUAUGCUAUGAUUGGCGAAAUCACUCUUUACUCCAACGGAUUCGUCAACGCUGGCCCAUUAGCUCGUAAGAUAGUCCAAGCGUACAAGCUGUGUUCGGAGCAGUUAUCCUCGCAGAACCACUACGACUAUGGGAUGCGCGCCGUAAAGUCGGUUCUGUUAGCCUCCGGAGCGCUAAAGAAGAACUACCCGGAGAAAGAUGAGUCUCAGCUGGUGCUAAGAGCUAUUAUUGAUGUCAAUAUGCCAAAGUUUUUAUCACAAGACGUACCUUUAUUCAUGGGCAUAUACUCCGAUUUGUUCCCUGGAGUGGAGAUUCCGCAGCCAGACCGCGCGGAGUUGCUCAAAUGCAUCAAUAAAGAGUUGGAGAAGCGGAAUCUUCAACCCACUGAUUGGUAUCUGGAGAAAAUUAUUCAGAUCUACGAAAUGAUGCUUGUACGACACGGUUUCAUGGUGGUGGGGCCGCCCAUGGGGGGUAAGACCCAAGCCUACCAGACCCUCGCGGAUUCACUGAGAGCUCUGCAACUGAUGAAACCACCACCCAGGCACAAGGAAUUCGGGGCAAUUUAUCGAAUUCUUAAUCCUAAGGCGAUUACCAUGGGCCAACUGUAUGGGUGUUUUGAUCCAGCUUCUCACGAAUGGUCUGAUGGAGUGCUGGCCAUAGCGUUCCGUGAAUACGCGAUGUCCAUAACGCGAGACCGCAAGUGGAUCCUGUUCGAUGGGCCGGUGGAUGCCGUCUGGAUCGAGAACAUGAACACUGUCCUGGAUGACAACAAGAAGCUGUGUUUGAUGAGUGGAGAGAUUAUUCAGAUGACAAACAAAAUGAACCUGAUCUUCGAACCGGCUGACCUGGAGUUCGCGUCGCCGGCUACAGUCUCUCGAUGUGGGAUGAUCUACAUGGAGCCAGAACAAUUAGGGUGGCGUGCAUUCCUUAAGUCUUACAACACCCAUCUCAGCAAGCGGCUCAUCCCAGAACAGUUCGACCUUAUCCAGGAGUUAAUAGAUUGGCUGGUUCCUCCUCUGUUCGAGUUUAUUCUCACGCGUUGUUCACACUUCGUGCACGUGGGAGAAAUACAUCAGUUCUUUUCUUUCACUCGUCUCUUUACGUGCUUGUUGGAGGGCGAGUCUCAGUUCAGUACGAUCUGGCUUCAGUGCACGUUCGUCUUUGCGUUACUCUGGGGAAUUGCUCCUACCCUUAACGGAGAAAGUCGCAAAACCUUCGAUUCAUUCUUCCGCAAACUGCUGGAUGGCAGCAACGCGGCGUACCCGAAGCCAAAGUCGUUCAAAUUGACAAAGAAUCAGCUCUUCCAAGACAAAGAUACUGUGUACGAUUACGUGUAUGACAAACGAAACGGUGGCACCUGGAUACCUUGGGUAGACUUGGAGAAGGAGGUGCCCUUGCCAGCUACGGCUAAGGUAAACGACCUAAUUAUCCUCACAAAUGAGAAUGCGUGUCUCCGCUUUUUCGUGUCAAAAAUGGUGAAGUCCAAGAUUCCGAUCCUGCUCGUUGGCCCGACAGGAACGGGCAAGUCGUCACUGGUGCUCAAUUUUCUUUUGUCCCUGCCCAAGGAGAAGUACAUCACAAAUACUAUAAACUUCUCCGCUAGGACCACCGCUAACCAGACGCAAGAUAUUAUAAUGUCUAAAGUCGAUCGAAGGAGAAAAGGUGUCUUUGGUCCCUCUAUGGGUAAAAAGUGUGUGUUAUUUGUGGAUGAUCUCAGCAUGCCCCAAAAGGAACAGUGGGGUGCGCAGCCUCCUUUGGAGCUGCUUCGGCAGUGGAUCGACCACGGACAUUGGUACGAUCUGAAAGAAAUGGUGCGACAAGAACUAGUCGACGUGCUCUUCGUAUCAGCGAUGCUUCCCCCCGGAGGUGGCUCCAACCUAAUUUCGUCUCGGCUCACUCGUCAUACGGUGCUUAUUACCCUCGACUCGUUCGAAGACAACACCCUCAACAAGAUCUUCUGCACUAUUAUGGAUUGGCACUUUGCUAAGGGAUUCACCGAUACCCUUGCUAGGCAAAGUAAGUCGGUGGUUGGAGCCACCAUGGAAGUCUACAAGGCGGUGACCCUCCAGUUCUUGCCGACACCCAGCAAAUGCCACUAUCUCUUCAACCUUCGGGACUUUGCGCGGGUUAUUAAAGGUGUCCUUCUGGUGCCUUCCACGCACAUGAAAGACGUCAACAAGCUAGUGUUGCUCUGGAUACAUGAGACUUACCGGGUCUUCUAUGAUCGUCUGGUUGAUGAUAGUGAUAGACUGAAGCUAUUCGAUGUGGUGUACAAAGCAGUGUACGGCAAUUACCGCGUGCAUAUGGACCAAGUCCUCACUGAGACCGGUUACGUGCCAGAGGGGGAGAAAUGCGGUAACAGGCACGCGGCCAACAUAUUCUUUGGCAACUAUAUGGAACCUGAUGCUGACCCAAAGAUAUACGACCAGGUUAUGGACUUGGAUGACAUGUCCGUGAAGAUGGAGUACUAUUUGGAAGAGUACAACGUGGUCUCCUCGUCCCCGAUGUCGCUGGUCAUGUUUCGUUACGCGCUGGACCACAUUUCACGGUGUACUCGUGUGCUGCUGCAAGAUAAUGGUAAUUUGCUUCUAGUAGGAGUCGGUGGAAGUGGGAGAAGCAGCGCUGUGAAAUUAGCUGCGAGCAUUCUCGAGAUGAAUGUCAUACAGAUUGAAAUAUCCCGCGUGUACGGACAAAACGAGUGGAGAGAUGACCUUCGGAGAAUGUUGAUGAAGGCCGGAAUCAUCGGAAAGCCAAUCGUCUUCCUGUUUGCUGACAAUCAGAUAAUGUACGAAGGUAUGGUGGAGGACAUCAACAUGCUACUGAACACGGGAGACAUUCCAAACUUGUACGGAAUGGACGAGAAGGUGGAAAUACUCGACAAGAUGCAGGCGGCUGUUAGGGAAUCGGGAAAGAAAAUAGAGACCACCCCGCUGGCGAUGUUCGGUUUCUACGUGGAGCGGGUGAAGGCCAACUUGCGGAUCGUUCUCGCCAUGUCCCCGAUAGGGGACUCUUUCAGGAAUCGACUCAGGAUGUUCCCGUCCCUCAUCAACUGCGCUACGAUUGACUGGUUCACUUCUUGGCCACCAGAGGCGCUCGAGCGUGUGGCCUCUAUGUUUAUAGCAAAGAUGGAAAACGUAGAGGACGAGCUGCGAGCUGCGUGCGUCGAAAUGUGCCAGCUAUUUCACAUGAGCGUGGUUGCAUUGAGCGACAGAUUCUACUCGGAACAGAAACGCAAAGUGUACGUUACUCCAACUAGCUACUUAGAACUCAUUAAAGCGUUUCAGAAUCUCUACGCUUUGAAAGUUGAUCAAAUCACUAAGGCCAGAAUAAGAUAUGAGACAGGUCUAGAACAACUGGAGUUCGCUGCGGGUCAGGUGGCGGUGAUGCAGCAGAACUUAAUCGAUUUGCAACCGUUGCUUGUGGAAACGUCAGAUAAAACCGAAAAGCUUAUGAUUAAGAUUGAACAGGACACCGUUGUUGUCGAGAGGCAAAAAGAGAUAGUAGGAGCAGACGAAGCUCUGGCCAAUGAGGCAGCUGCAGCUGCUCAGGCGAUCAAAGAUGAUUGCGAAUCUGAUCUUGCCGAAGCAGUCCCGGCGUUACAAGCGGCUUUAGACGCUCUUAAUACUCUGAAACCCGCUGAUAUCACUCUGGUCAAAUCUAUGAAAAAUCCGCCGGCUGGAGUCAAGCUCGUGAUGGAAGCCGUCUGCGUAAUGAAAGGAAUCAAGGGUGAUAGAAAAAUGGAUGCCAAUGGUAAACCCUUCGAAGACUUUUGGGGACCGUCACAAAAAAUGUUGGGAGACAUGAAGUUUCUGGAAAGUCUUAAAAAUUACGACAAGGACAACAUUCACCCGACUAUUAUGAAGAAAAUAAGAGACAAGUAUAUCCCCGACCGUGAAUUCGACCCCGCAGUUAUAGCGAAGGUAUCCUCCGCUUGUGAAGGGCUCUGCAAGUGGGUCCGAGCUAUGGACGUCUACGACAGAGUGAUCAAGGUGGUAGCACCCAAGAAAGCGGCCUUAGCUGAAGCGGAAUCAGAACUCCAAAUGCAGAUGAAUACCCUCAACGAAAAGAGGGCUCAGCUCCAAAGCGUACUUGAUAAGUUGCAGGCGUUGAACGACGAAUUCGCGGAGAUGACUCGUAAGAAGAAAGGCUUGGAAGACGAAAUAGAUUUGUGUUCCACCAAGCUGUCGAGAGCCGAGCAGCUCAUCGGCGGACUCGGUGGGGAGAAAGCGAGAUGGACAGAUUUAGCGUUACAACUUCAGAAUUUACUUGACAAUAUAAUUGGCGAUGUACUGCUUUCUGCUGGAUUUAUCGCAUACUUGGGACCAUACAUAGUGAACUAUAGGAGAGAGAUUAUACACAUGUGGAACAAACGCACCGUGGAAUUGCAAAUCCCCUGUUCGGAGACAUUUUCUUUAAUAACAACCCUCGGUGAGCCGGUGGUCAUACGCGCCUGGAACAUCGCUGGGUUGCCUGUCGACGCCUUCUCCAUUGAGAACGGCAUCAUUGUCGAGAAGUCCAGACGAUGGCCGCUCAUGAUCGACCCCCAAGAGCAAGCAAACAAAUGGGUGAAGAAUAUGGAGAGAGACAACCAGCUCAAAGUGAUUAAACUGACGGAUCCGAAUUACGUUCGCGUAAUGGAGAACGCGAUCCAGAUGGGAUUGCCAGUCAUACUCGAGAACAUCCGGGAGCAUUUGGACGCUGUGCUGGAGCCAGUUUUAUUGAGGAACGUGUUCAGGUCAGCUGGCAUAGACUGCCUGAAGCUGGGUGACAACGUUUUAGAAUACAACCACAACUUUCGAUUCUACAUCACCACGAGGCUCGGCAAUCCCCACUAUCUACCAGAAAUUGCUGUCAAGGUCACAAUGCUUAACUUCAUGAUAACCCCGCAAGGAUUACAAGAUCAGCUGCUGGGUAUAGUAGUGGCGCAAGAUCGACCCGAAUUAGAGUUGAAGAAGAAUCAACUCAUCGUGGAGGGAGCUAAUAAUAAGAGAACGCUUAAAGAAAUUGAGGAUAAGAUUCUGGAGGUGCUGUCGUCCGCUGGCAACAUUCUAGAAGACGAAUCGGCCAAUCAGAUCCUUUCUUCUUCGAAAGUUCUCUCGAUAGAAAUAGAAGCCAAACAGGCGUCGGCCGCCGUCACGGAGAAGGAGAUUGACGAAGCGCGACUGCUCUACGUGCCCGUCUCCAAACAUAGUUCCGUUCUCUUCUUCUGCAUUUCAGAUCUAUCCAAUAUCGACCCUAUGUAUCAAUACUCGUUGAAUUGGUUUAUUAACCUCUACAACCAAGCCAUAGUGAAUUCACCGAAGAGCGACAUACUGGACGAGCGGUUGGAAGGACUCAACGCGUUCUUCACCAAGAGCAUCUACGAGAACGUCUGCCGGAGUCUGUUCGAAAAGGAUAAGCUCAUCUUCUCUCUCGUUCUGACGCUUGGGAUACUACGCGCUAGAGGCCAAAUUGACGAUGACCUGGUGUCAUUUCUGCUAACCGGGGGCGUAGCUUUGGAGAACCCUUACGAGAAUCCCGCUUCCGCUUGGCUGACGGACAAGGCCUGGUCGGAAAUCGUGCGUAGUAGUAACCUCAAUGGACUACGUGGCUUCAAAGAGAAUUUCGAGUCUAACGUCCCUGCAUGGAAGGAGUUCUACGAUCUGUCAGCGCCCCAUGAGACUUCCUUUCCGCAUCCUUACGAGGAAAUUCGGGGCAUUCCUAAGCUGAUCAUGCUACGAUGCAUUCGUCCGGAUAAGCUGAUCCCUCUCGUCCAACAGUAUGUUGUUGAGGAAAUGGGACGCGUCUACAUCGAACCCCCUCCUUUCGACCUAGAGAAAUCCUACAACGACAGCAACUGCUGCUCCCCGCUGAUCUUCAUCUUGUCUCCUGGAUCCGAUCCGAUGUCUGGGCUGGUCAAGUUCUCCAUGGAAAGGAAAGUGGUCAGCUUCGAGACGAUCUCGCUUGGGCAAGGACAGGGCCCCAUAGCUGCCAAUAUGAUCAACACUGCGAUAGUGUCGGGAGGCUGGGUGGUGCUGCAGAAUUGCCACGUGAUGGACUCAUGGAUGGGAGAGUUGGAGAGAAUCUGCGCUGAAGUCAUCAUCCCGCAGACCACUCACAAAGAGUUUCGAUGCUGGCUCACCUCGUACCCCAGUCGGGCAUUUCCCGUCACCGUUUUACAGAAUGGUGUUAAGAUGACGAACGAGGCCCCAAAAGGUCUUAAGAACAACAUCUACCGCUCGUACAUCUCCGACCCGAUCUGCGAUCCGGAGUUUUAUAUCUCGUGUCCUCGCACAGAGGAAUGGAGGCGUUUACUUUUCGCUCUGUGCUUCUUCCACGCGAUUGUGCAAGAGCGUCGCGCUUUCGGACCACUCGGCUGGAACAUCCAGUAUGAGUUUAAUGAGAGCGAUCUUCGAAUAUGCAUAAUGCAGCUGCAGAUGUUUCUCACGGAAUAUGCGGAGACGCCGUUGGAGGCGCUCAACUAUCUCGCAGGCGAAUGCAACUACGGCGGGCGUGUAACGGACGACAAGGACAGACGGCUCAUUAUGUCUCUCUUGUCUAUAUUCUACAAUGAAGAGGUUACAGCAGAUCCAGAGUAUUCUUUUUCUCCGAGUGGCGAAUACCGAAUGCCUGCUAGCAUGGACUACAACAGUGUGUUAGAGCAUAUUCGCGCGCUGCCCAUGAUCGCGAAGCCCGAGGUCUUCGGUUUGCAUGAAAAUGCAGAUAUCACAAAAGACAAUAAGGAAACAGCUGCGUUGCUCUUCGGCUGUCUGCUCACCCAGACGUCCAUAACAUCUGGCGGGGGUGGGGGUGAGGGCGGUGAAGGUGGAGGAGUGGUAGAGUUGACCCGCGACAUGAAGUCUCGUCUGCCGCCGCCCUUCGACGUCUUCGAAGUUUCUCAACGAUAUCCUGUGCAGUACUAUAACAGCAUGAACACUGAGCUGAUCCGCUACAAUCGUCUUUUGGCCGUCGUAGCGCGAACACUCCACGGCGUGCAUCUCGCUGCCCAAGGUCUGGCCAUCAUGAGCGCCGAGCUAGAGGGCUGUAACAAUGCCUUUGUGAAGGGAAUAGUACCGGGCGCCUGGAUGUCCAAAUCCUACCCAUCCAUGAAGCCCUUGGGCUCCUAUGUGGCUGAUUUUUUGGCGAGGUGA